AUGAGGGAGAGUUGUGUCACUGAGUGCAAAUGCCACCAAAAGCAGCUAAAAGGGUCUCAGACAAAAAGCCCAACGCUUCUGGAGCCGCAGUUGUCAGUAAGAACUGGGAGGCUGGACUCACCAGAGCACCGUUUGAAGAGGAGUCAUGGCAAGCCUGUGUGUCCCUCACCUGUGGGACCUUCCAAGGAGAAGAAGACCAAGUUAAAACGCAGGGAUGAUGUUGAGCCUCCAAAGUUCAUAGAUGACGAACCACAGGAUGGUCCUCAACACUACGUGCUGAUACUGGGAUUCUUCCAGCCCCACCUGAUCGGAGCGCUUGAUGCCAUAGGUGUACAUGUAGACAAUGUCAUUAAAUUGUGUUCGGAGGGACAGCAGGAAAACCCCCCCUGUGGGGGCCAUGAGCAGAGUCUGAGCGCACCUCCGAUUUUGGAUGCAGAAGCAGAGGUUCAUGGUCAUGUAGAGUUGGCUCUGCAGGCCAGGAAGUUGGAUGUAUUCUGGUCCGGUCUGAGACCGGUGUUGGACAGCAGGCCACAUGAGUCCAAGCUCCAUGAUGUGGUUCAGCUCAGCUACACUGUCCCAGGUCUCUGGCCUGCCUUCCAAACACAGGACCCUGAGGCUCAGCUGGAGAUGGGAAGCCGAAUCUUUGAGGGUGUGGCCAAUCUCAUCUAUGACUGUUUGGACUGGCGCAGGCAAUAUCAGCGCUACCUGGACAACAUCCAACUCUUCAUUGUACCCACUGUUCUGUUGGAUCCACAGCCUACAGAGAAAGAUGUCUUUAAUGCCGUGAGUCUGUCGGCGAGUACAAUCACCAGACGCAUUGAAGAAAUCGGGGGUAAUGUAUAUGCCCAGCUGCAGCAGAAGACGAAAGAAUUUGACUUUUUUUCAUUAGCACUGGAUGAGAGCACGGACGUGCAAGACACAGCGCAGCUGCUCAUUUUUAUUCGUGGAGUUAGCGCAAACUUUGAGAUGUGCGAGGAGCUGGCAGCCCUCCAAAGUCUCAAAGGGACUACAGCGGGGGAGGAUAUUUUCGGCAAAGUAUGCCAAACCAUGGAAGAGUUGGACCUAGACUGGUCAAAGCUUGCCAGCAUCACGACUGACGGGGCUCCUAGUAUGGUGGGCGCGUCUCGGGGUCUAAUAGGACGCAUGAACCGGGAGAUGGAAGAACGGGGUCUCACCGCCCCGCUACAAGUCCACUGCCUAAUUCACCAGCAAGCACUGUGCUGCAAAGUGUUGAAGUGGGAUUCUGUCAUGAAGGUUGUGGUGUCAUGCAUAAACUUCAUCAGAGCAAAGGGACUUAAACAGGCAGUUCCAACAAUUCCUGUCUGA